ACACUUCGAUUGUAAUUUCGCGCGAAUUCGGUUACCUUCUGUAACCAAGGUUGUAUCCUGGCACGAUCUCGGUAUCCUUUCGAUGCCACGAGAUCGCCAGCAAAUAUACACCUCGACCUGGUCCACUACCUGUCUUCUGAUAUUUGGCUUCUCGGGGAUUUUAUGGAUUUAUCUGGUUACGUCCAACCUUCGCCCUCUGAUUUAUCUGGCACGUGUUUAUUGGUAGCGGUGUUCACAGUUAAUCUCAAUUCGACGCCACGCUACAAUUGGUAAUCCCAAUUCGACUACAAUUGGUGAGCCGUAUUUUGGAACACGCCUCAACAUUUGGUCAAAUCUUCCAAAGAAGCCAAUUCGGUGAGUCUAUGAUUUAUCUAUCCACGUCUGUCGUAUUUUUUCAUAUUUUUUAAUAUAUAAUAUACGCGACAUGACGGAUAACGAUAAGAAUAGUAUUAAUAUAAUAGACUCCCAUUUAUGUGUACCGAACCCUUGUUACUUUUUAUUCGCGUGACGAUGAAUUCCACGCUUUAUUCGAGAAAUGUUACCCUAUUAACUAUUCUCCUCGCUGACCCGGCUGCUUGGUACGGAAUGCAUACGCAUAAGCAUAUCCGUCUACCACCCAGCACCAAAUGGUUAAGUUGAACGGUUUCACUGCCAACUUAAAAGUGUUCUACGAGCACACGAAAACGGCAACUGGCACGAAACCUUACCGCUCGUUCUUUUAGGUAUCACAACGAGCUUAAAGGCAGAUAUCCAAUGUUCCGCCACUGAACUUGUAUACGGCACGACAUUGCGUCUGCCCGGAGAAUUCUUCACACCACGGAGCAGACCUAAUUUCGGUAAAUCAGACUACGUCCAUCGACUGUCUGCAUUUAUGCGAACGCUGUCUCCGGUGUCAACUCGAAUACAACAUCGACAGGUCGCUCUCCCUCGAGAGUUAUCUACCUGUUUACAUGUUUUUGUACGAGUAGAUUCGGUACGCAAACCUUGGCAACAACCUUACGAAGGCCCUUUUCACGUGAUCGCUCGUCACGAAAAGACCUUCAAGGUUGAUCGAUAUGGACGCGUCGAGAUCGUCAGCAUUGAUCGUCUCAAACCAGCACACGUCGAUGACAGUGCCCUAUCUGAUACCCCGAGGUUCAAUGCUAGACCUAUCAAACCUAGCGGGAUCCUUAAAUCUUCUUCAGGUCCCACGCUAGAUACAUCUGUGACCUCAUUCUCACGUCCCAGUCAACAGCACGCGUCAUCUGCACCGUCUACGGACGAGACGACAGUCUCACGUCCAGAUCAGCAGACCACUCCGCCCUUGACUUCGGAUGAGAUUGCAGGCUCACGCGACGCGAACGAGACUGCCGUCUCACGUUCCGGUCGCCGAGUACGGUUACCCGUACGCUUCCGCGGCUAGCCGCACAGUUAACAAACGAUACGGUGUAGGAUUAUUCCUAUACUACACGCAUGCUACAUUCUUCUCUUUUUUGCUUUUCUUUUUGUUUCCUGAGCCCACGCCUUCGACCAUCUCCGUUUGGUUCCGUCGACUUCAGUCAACUUUGGCGAAAGCUGGCCUGAUCACCCAUGCUCAUGUCAACGCACUCAGUCGAUAUAUUGGUUUCGAAUGCUUGGCACACGCUUGGUCUCGAACUUGGUCGUUACGGUCGCUUCUAGUCUUUUGGCUCAACGUGGUUUCGUCCUACGUCUGCAGCGUUUCUGGUCCACAUUCCCUACGAACGCCCUCUUCAGAUUCUGGAUACAAACCACUCUGGUGUAGCAUGCCAAUUCGAGCAAUAAAUACAACACAUCGCUCCUGGUACUGUUCUCCGAAAACGACCUUCGUUGGCAACUCGACGAUCAACGAUCGCUUUCCUGUUCGCCAACUCUUCCGUCCUACGAUCGCUCGUCAGCCGAUCAGUCCCACGAUUCAAACCGCUAUUUAUCGGAAGUGUGAACCCUUUCUAGCGGGGGGCUCCUGUAGUGACUCACGUUUAUCACGAGAACACGACUGGUUUAAUAAAAACAAUUAUUAUUAUAACCAACUGUACCAGUGUUUGUUUUAAUGUGCUUUUGUUUGACUGUGCUAAUGACAGCUAUUUUGUGCUUCCAUUCUUUUACUUACACACUUCGAUUGUAAUUUCGCGCGAAUUCGGUUACCUUCUGUAACCAAGGUUGUAUCCUGGCACGAUCUCGGUAUCCUUUCGAUGCCACGAGAUCGCCAGCAAAUAUACACCUCGACCUGGUCCA